AUGCCUUCAGCUGUAGACCCUGACGAUGACUUAUGGAUAGCUAUCAAACAAAUAUCCCAAUCGUCCGUGGGCUCCGACUACAUCGACCAGUUGAUUCCUAUCAUGAAGGAUGCGCGCUAUUCAAACCAGCUCCAGGUCACGUUUGACCGGUAUGCCGGCGAUCGGGAAUCUGAGAUUGAGCGAAUCUGCAAUGCCAACCACCAAGACUUUGUCAGCUCAGUCGACUCACUUCUUAGAAUCCGGGAUCAGACCGUGCAAAUGAGCGGUGAGAUAUUGCAGCUCAACGAGUCGAUACAAGAGAGCAUUGAAAAGCUAGCAGAGCAGAAGAAGGCGCUCGUCGACUCCCGCGGUGUGCGUCAAAACAUUAAUGAAGCGACUCAAGUCUUAAAUGCGUGUCUGAACGUGUUACGAAUUGCGAAUCAAGUCCAGGAUAUGCUGAGGGAGAAAAACUACUAUGCUGCGUUGCGAGCGUUGGACGAGCUGCAGACGAUUCAUUUGAAGGAAAUCAACCGGUUCAAGAUCGCAAAUUUGAUCGAAAAGUCUAUACCCCAAACACAGGAGCAGAUCAGAGAAGCGGUGAAGAACGACCUGAGCACCUGGCUCUACCGGAUUCGAGAGUCCGCACAGUUCCUGGGCGAAGUAUCCUUCUACUAUACUGAUGUGCGGAGAACACGGAAUCAAGAGCGCGCCGAGACAGACCCGCGCUUCUCCAAGUUCAAACUGAACUCGGCCAUCGAACUUGUUGCUGACGAAACGGACGAAUUCGAUGUGCUGAACAACGAAGAAGCUGGAAACGAGACCGACUUCUCGCCAUUAUUUGAGGCCAUGCAUAUCAAUGAGACGUUGGGCAAGAGCGAUCAAUUCAGGUCUGAAUACGCGGCAGACAGGCGGACACAAAAGGAUCUUAUCAUCCCCAGUAAGCUGAAUCUUCUGGAUGAGGAAUGCGGCGACCUCAGUAGUUUACUUGAAAGCAUUGCGGGCUUUGCGAUUAUUGAGAAAGCUACCGUGUCGAAGACGGCGAACCUACGAUCACAGGCUGAUGUCGAUGAGCUGUGGGAUUCCAUGUGCCAGAGUGCGAUCAAGUUCAUUACCAGCCAACUUCACACUGUUGAAAAUGACGAGCUACUGUUAAGGAUCAAGGGUCGAGUGGCACUCUUCAUGCUAACUAUGGAGAAAUGGGGAUACUCAGUCUCGGCAAUGAACGAUCUCCUCCUUACUCUCUUUUCUAAAUACUCUGAGCUCCUCAAACAGCGCUUCAGCGACGACUUUCUCGAAAUUGUGCAGACAGACGACUACAUGCCCAUGCCCAUCAACAGUCACGAAGAAUACGACAAAGUCGUCUCGGUUUCUUGGUACUCUCCCGAUAAAUCCCGCGAGGAGCUCACAUUCCCUUGCGUGCUACCAUUUUCGCAGAUGUAUCCACUCUGCUGUAUCGACAUCCGCAACUUUUUGAACCAGAUCUACCUCUUCUCAGAUGACUACUUCCAAAAAUCUACAAUCAUCGACGAAACCCUACGGACAGCACUCGACGACCUUUUGUGCCAAAAGGUCUGCCAGUCACUGAUUGACCGCUUGUCAUCACAAUACCCAGGCCAAAUCGUGCAAAUUCUAACAAAUCUCGAACACUUCGAAACCGCCUGUGUUGAGCUGCAAGACCUCUUAUUCCAAGCGCGAUCCUCCCCCUCAGCAUCAGGUCCCAUCAUUCUUGCUGCAACCGACAAAUUCGCAAAGGCGAAACAACAAGCGAGCAAUCGCGUGUUUGAGUUGGUGAACAGCAAGAUUGAUGAUUUGAUCGAGACAGCGGAAUACGAUUGGAUGGCGAUCAAACCAGAAACAGAACCAUCCACAUACAUGCUGGAGUUGACACGCUACUUGAGCAACAUCAUGUCGUCCGUUCUUCUCGCGCUGCCCACAGAGAUCAAGGAGUUCAUCUACUUCGAUGCACUGAGCCACGCCAGCACCGCCAUUCUGGACCUGCCCCUCUCCGAACACGUAAAGCGCAUCACACCGCCCGCUGUUGCUACCCUGGAAAAUGACACACGCUUCCUUAGCGACUUCGUCUCCAGCUUGAACAAUCCGAUUUUGAUGGAGAAUCUGGAUGAGCUGACGCAGACGGUGGCGCUGAUGCGUACGGAUAACAGCGAGGAGUUUUUCGAUAUUGCACAGCGAAAUCGGAAAUACGGAAAGGUGGAUCAACUCAAGGGUGCCAUUCUGCUGGAGAAGGUACAGGAGGGUGCCCAGGUGGCGGCGCAAAGUCCAACUAGGACACAGGCCAGUGAGAGGUUCGGAACACUUGGCUCGCGAUUUGGUAUUAGGUAG